CGUAUUUUUUGAUUCCUGUUUUCUGAUUUAAACUUUUCUGUUGUUAUUUGUCGAUUUAUUUUAAACGAUGUUUUUACUAUCAUGCACUUCUAUAUUUACGUGAACUUGUUUAUGUUCAGUUAUUUAUUAUCAAAGAAUUAUCUAUCACUUGUCUUACCUAUUUUAUAACUGGGUUUAUAGGCUGGGUUGUGGAAUUACGAUCACGUUGGUAUCCGCGCAUUUAGUAUUCGUUUUGCGAUUGCCAACCACUGACGAAAUCGAAAAUAAGUGUUCACACACACUACCAAACCGGGAUGUGUAUUCAACGAAAAAGAAGGCGUGGGAUUGGAUCUGUGCCAUUUACGCAAGAGUGAACGAGCUGCAACAGCAUGCGCGCUCUUUCUAUUUCCUGUUCCUACAACAAAACAACAUUCAACUUUACCAACCAACCAGAUUUUACCAUCGCUAACGCCUUAGUUUCAAAAUGGUCAGUUAGCUGUUGCAGCUCGUUCGUUUACGACUCAUCGAAUACGGAGAUUCUGCGAUUGAGGAGAUUACGGCAUUGUAAGGUCCAGUGUGAAGGUGUUUGCAAAAGCUAGGGCCAAUUUUUCAACGCUCUCAUUCCUUAAGAACAAUCGUUAGCGGAUCUAAAACUAAACAAAACAUACGAUUCGUGUUGUUUGCGUAACAUGAUCUUCAUAAAAUAAGUGGCUUGGUUGCAAUGAAACGGAAUUGCUAUUUCUUCAAUUUUGAAAACGUGCCCUAUACCGGCCAGUGUCCAGUGUACAUCAAAAUGUGUUUCACAUUCAGCAAAAUUCAGUAUUUAUUUGUGAAAAUAAUUAAGUGAUCGUGCUUGUGUGUGCGUGAAGAAACCUCUCGUGACAUAGAAAAAUAAAAUCGGGCUGUUACGUCCCUUGCAACAUGCUUCUUACAUCCGCAGUGCAUGUGGUGAAGUUUAAAUUAUUUGCGAUUAAAAGCUAGUACAUGAUUUAUGCAAGUACAAAGUGUCGUCAGUUCCGGAGACUUCCAAGAUAUCAGUGUUGCCGCGUUACUGCUCUGAUAUUUCGCUGCAUCCUUUUCGUGCUUAUCUAAAUGGUGCCUCGCUAUCGCCCGGUGACAUCAAUGCGCGGAACGCACAGGAAAUUCUCCAGCAGCCGGGUAUUCCGGUGAGCGAAGCUACCCCAAAUAUUUUCAAACGACGAGUGCUCGUAAUAGGAUCUUUGACGCUGCCACGUGUAUCGGUCGUUGGAAGACUGUUGCUUUCACAUCCCACUUUGUUCUACAACCACCACACAAGGUACCUUUCGGGAUGUGAUAAGGAAACCAGCACGAUACGAUUCCAGCCCAUUCCUGCGGUAUUCAUCAAGUACGACCGUCGUACGGUGUUGAGCCGUAAAUUUUAUGGUGGCAUCGCUGCAAACGCUCUAAACAUCACCGAUAUCGGUUACAGCCCUGAAACCGUGAGCUCUAUUCUUUACAAAAGUGAUACUGGUGUACUACAAUAGGAAAAUUGUGGCAAUUUGUACCAUUGAUUUGUGCGUGGUGACAAUGGCGUGAUAAUAGAUUUAGAGUAGUUUCGUGGAGAAGAAUAGAGUAAUGAUCGGGAUAUUUUUGUUUUUGUUGCAACAUUUCAACAACAGCUAGUUGAUCUUUCUGAUUUGGGGUUUAAUAACAUCAUGUCGAAUCACUUAACAAACGUAAUUGAUGAGCGCUCGACGAUUUGAUUUGCUUUUCAUGAAUAUCACUCAUCAUGGCUACAGCCAGCUUGAUAGGAUUAUAAUUUGUUCAAUUCGAAGAAAACAGCCAUUCUGCUGUUAAAAUAUAAUCUUCCACACCGGAGCUAGCAGUUCUCAUUGCGCUUUUGCACCCAGUUACUACUUGAAUCCGUUUCACCCCGACCUGGCAAUGCAAGAAGUUUGCAGUUCCAUCGAACACAUGGGAGCACAAAUAAAAUCAGAAUCUCCGGCGAUCGGUUCGCUUCAGGCUGGUGCUGCGGUAGUGGUUGGGAGUGAAACCGAUAUUAUCAAUCCCCAACAAGUUUCGCUCAACGCUACCCAACAGCAACAAACGAUCAUUGCUGGUGGACCGCAGCUGGUUGGUCGAAAACAAGUGAUCUGUGAUAAACCGCCGCGAGCUGCGACCCAAUUGCCUAUUGCAGCGUCUGUAGAGGGUCUCAGUACGCAAGCUUCUAACCAGCAGCAGCAACAGCAACCUCAUCCGGAUACAUCUUAUUGGAUGCAGAACGAAAGUGGCUUUAUCAACUCACAACCUUCAAUGGCUGAAUUUCUGACACAUAUCGACAGUGAGAGCCCGAAGCUCAUUUCUCAGGGCUACCCGAUGGGGCCCAGUGAUAGUAUGGAGUCCGUACCGGAAUAUCCCUGGAUGAAGGAGAAAAAAACGGCCCGCAAAGCUACAGCCCAAGCUGAGUUUGUUGCAGAAAAUGGUUUACCACGCCGAUUGCGUACGGCCUACACCAAUACGCAGCUCCUAGAGCUUGAGAAGGAGUUUCACUUCAACAAAUACCUUUGCCGGCCAAGAAGAAUCGAAAUAGCAGCUAGUCUCGAUCUAACAGAAAGACAGGUGAAAGUGUGGUUUCAAAAUCGGCGCAUGAAGCAUAAACGACAAACACUCUCUAAAACGGAUGAUGACGAAUCGGGAAAGGACGAUCUCAAAGAUUCCAAUUCCAAAAAAUCUUGCCAAGGAUGUGAGCUACCCUCAGAUGACAUACCAGACUCGACGUCCAGCUCUCGAGGGAUGAACAACAGUACGCCGAACGCCGGUAAGUCGCCCCUGCGCAAAGCGUACCACAAGUCAAUGAAGUUGAUGAGAAUCUUCCCUGAACAUUCGUCUGACACUCUGCCACUAGCCAUGACACCGAAUUCCACCGUCGAUAUAAGCACUCCGACUGGUGGUGGCGGAGGCUCUGGUGGCGUAACCAACGCGGUCAGUGCCGACUCCAGUGUUGCCUCCACGGGAAGCCUCGACGAGGAGGACGAAAUCCAUGCCAAAGUGAAGAAGAAAUCGGACGGGCAAGCGAUAAAGAAAGAGUCGGUCAGUUCUACAAAAAUUAUCAACAGCAACUCAUUCAAAAACUACGAUGCGACUGGCUAUCCCAAGGAUAGUGGCCCUGUUUUGGGACCGUCGUCUGCACCGAUUACCAUCCCUCACAGUCCAGUUUCUACUUCGGCCAUCUCACCCAGCAGCAACAGCAAUAGUAACAACAAUAACAGCAACAGCAACAACAACAACAAUCUUCAAUCGUACUACAAUCAUCCCAGUCCUUACGGAGUAGUGAAGCAUAAGCUACCACAUGGACCAAUUAUAAGUCACGAAAGUGAAGGAUCUCCGACCACCACAGGAUCCUCAGGUAGUGGAAUGUAUUUUAAUAGUAAGCCCCAAGAGUACUUUGGCAAAGCAGAUGCUGGCGUACAUUAUCAACCACCGUAUCAACAUUAUCAGAAAACCAUCAUACCCCCUGGGGCAGGUUACGGUGGUCCCCAGCAUACACUAAACGAAGGCUAUCCCAAUGCACAGAAAACGGAUUUUAAUGCCUCGUUGGGAUUGAAGAGUUUCGGUAAUAAGACUUUAGUACAAGAUUCUCCGCAAGCGAAGCUACAGCAAGCCCAGCAUCAGCUCGGCGAUUCAACGUUCCACCCGCAGUCCCAACCCUAUUACAACAGUUGUGACACAGGCCUUAACAACGUCGGACAGUAUGGUCCUAGCGGACAACAAUACUAUCCAAAUGAUUACGAUCCACAGCACGAGUUUGGUGGUGGAACCGGUUACUACGAGUCAACGAAACCGGGUGCUGUAGGACAGAGCCACUACUACGAUAGUAUGGGAACGUUUCAUCACGGUGCAUUAGCGGCUAACAACAAUAUGGACUACCAAGGCAAUGGCCCAUACACUGGUCUCGGUACCGCAGUACCAGCGGCAAUGGGAACUGAAUCUUGUGAAACGUUUGCCUUCCAUCAAGCAUCCCCCGUAGCUAGUGCAUAUUACGAACAACAACAUCUUCAUCAACAACAACAUCAACAGCAGCACCAUCCACAGCAACAUCACCAUCAGCAUCCUUUCCAACAGCAAAACAGCCAGCAACUGCAUUCGUUCCAUCAUCAACAACAAACGCUGCCGAACCCUGCAGCGGUUGGUGUCGGCAUAAACAGCAGUACUGUAGUCAGGACAACAACCCAGGUCGGAAACCAUCACGACAUUACCACAGGCGAACUCUGCUCGUUUAACGGUUGUCCACCAGUUGGUAGCGGCAGCAGCAGCGCAGGCCAAACCAAACCAGCCGCCAUGGUUAGUCUGGACAAUUCCAAUUCGUCCGACUUCAAUUUUCUUAGCAAUUUGGCGAACGAUUUCGCUCCAGAAUAUUAUCAGCUUAGCUAAUUCUACAUUUAGUUGCUUCCGUCAAUGUCUUGAUUUUAUGUAAGCGCAAACGAAGAGCAUUCUUGUACUUGAGGAAAUUACGCAAAGAAGAAAACGCUUUACGCUUCAUAAUUGCAUCCCAUUAAUCGAGAAUGCUAUUGAAAAUCGUAUGACUACGUGGAAACUAUUUAUGAAACUAAGGCGCACAUUAACUAAGGCGUAUUCUAUUCCACCCGAUUUUGUUUUCGUGCAUUUUGUUUCACAAAAAGCAAUCCUGUUGUUAUUAAAUUGUUACCUAUUGCCUUGCUGUACUUAACAGACGUUUUUGUUCGGUGUAUGUAUGUUUGUUUUCAUCCAACUAGAUUAGCGUCAGGAUUUUAAUCACUGUAAAUAAGGUGGGAACCAAGCGUCUGGGAAUCCAAACCCAGCUCAAGCGAACUUUUAUAUCACAUAACAAUCGUAGAUUAUUCCUGGUACAGGACGCACAAUACAAUGGCAGGCCCAGCAAAUCGCUGUGCAAUUAUGAUCGGUGUAUCAAAAAGGGAUGGUCAAGGCAUACAAAACAUAAUAAUCGUUAGAGUACAGGUAUGUUCACAAAUCGUCGUCGGUAUAUUAAUGAUACUUCUUUAUGUACAAAUUAUAACCAACAGUUAUAGCGAAAAAUUCAUGAUGAUCAUGCAUUUCAACAUGUAAAAUAAAGGAUCAAUGAUAAUUAAACUA